GUGAGGGCGCUGAAGAGGCGCGGAGCGAGUGGGGACGCCCUCCUUGCUUGUUCUAGUCGCCAUGGGUCUCUCUCGGCGCCUGUUUCUGCUGUGCCUCCCGCUGCUCCUCUCGACUCUGAAUAGCAUGGUCCCGGGCGCUCUGGCGACCGCGGGGCAAGGAAUGGGGUGUCAGAAGUACACAAAUAAAACUUGUGAGGAAUGCCUGAAAAAUGUCACAUGUUUAUGGUGCAGCAGCAGCAAAAAAUGCAUGGAGUAUCCUGUUCGGAAUAUCCUCCCUCCAAGUUCUCUUUGCGAGUUGAGCUCUGCACGCUGGGGUGUAUGUUGGGUGAAUUUUGAGGCACUGAUCAUUACUAUGUCUGUGGUGGGAGGAACAAUCCUUAUCGCACUUUUCGCCUGUUGCUGUUUCUGCUGCAGGAAAAAAAAGAUCAGAAAGGCCAAUAAAGAGGAUGAAAAGGCUGCCAGGGAGCAAGAGCAAAGGAGAGUUCGGCAAGAAGAAAGGAGAGCAGAGAUGAAAUCUAGACAUGAUGAAAUCCGGAAAAAAUACGGUUUGUUUAAAGAAGAGAAUCCAUAUGCCAAAUUUGAAAAUAACUAAGAUUUCUUUUGAAAUGUCCAAAUAUUAUCUGGCAGUUCUGUCUGUAUAAUGUACAGCUGUGAAAAGAUCUGUACUUUAGAUGCCUUAAUUGCAAAUAGAAAAAUGGUCUUAAUGCAAGAUGGAGCCAACCAUAAUUACAGUGAGCUGUUAACAAAGACUGAGUUUAAUGAACAAACCAACAUACCUCUAAAACUCUGGAGGCUGCAAUAUAUUCAUGUUAUUUUUUUUCUAGCUGUUAAGCAGAUGCUUGUGCUGCUAUAAUUUGCUUUUCCUGUGCAUUCUACAUUUGCCAGCAAAGUCUUAAAACAAAUUUAUUCAUGAAUUGGGGCAGGAUGGUGCACAUACUGUAUCCUUUUCUUCUGUGACCAACAGUUUGUAACCAUUCUAAUAAUAGAUAUAAGGCAUGGUGUUUAAGAUCCUCGUAUAUACCUAGGAAUUUCCUGUAUAAAAAGAUCAUGAGCUUUAAUAGAUUCUCUGGCAAAAGUGACUAAAUUAUUCCAGAAAGAACUUACUUCCAAUAUAAUUUUUUUAAUCAUGGAAUUCUAAGGGUUUGCACUUUUAUAAAUUGAUUCUAUGUUUCUUUGCAAAAUAGGUAUAGUCCUCCUGAUUUUGUGCCUUUAAAAAAUUUCUACCGUAGAAGACAUUAAACUGGAUGAUAUAGCUAUAGCUUUUAUACUGGCACUCAUCAGACAUAUGCCAGCAUUUAAACUGUAAAGCUAUAUUCAGUCUCCUUGAAUUACUUUAACAUUCUUGUAAUAUAAAUUUGCCAAAUCCUUUAGUAGAUGUAUAUCACAUUGUACCCUUAUGUAUCCAAAUGGUAACUUAUUGUAUAAUGCCAGAAAGAAUGCCCCUCAUAACUACAAUAGAAGUUUAUCUACCUUAAGUCUUAUUGAUAAAAUCCUUUGGUUUGAUGCAAUAGCCUGUUUUCAGGCAAUUCCACAUCCUGAGCCUUAUGCACUGGAGGGUGAAAUGUGUUUUUUUUUUCCCUGACACGGCAUAUCAAGAGUAAGAAAAACAGAUUUUGUAAUAUUUAAUGUUAACUGGAAGAGUGAAAUAACUAUUUUGGGAAAAAAAAACAUUUGAAGGAUGACUUCUUAAAAAAGAAAAGAAAAGGUAGUCAUACAGAUUUUUUUCCUGAACAUUUUAAACUCUUCACCUACAUGAGAAAUGAAUGAAAGAAAACAAAACAUCAACACAAAACUUCAUGAAGAAUAUGGAACAACAUUAGCAUUACUUCUUAAUCUAAAGAGGGUUAAGUAAAAUGCUCAUGCCCUGAAAUAUUUAAUAUUCUUCUGUAAUCCUAUGAGUAUUUUGUUGUCCAUAGCACACUAACUGCAAUUCCUUUGAAAUGCAUUCAUAUAUUUAAUCUUCAGUUGAUUGUUUUAUAAAAGUCACAGUGAACUCUCUCGAGAGCUUUCCAUACUUAAAUAUAUAAAUUUCAAAAAGAUAGAACAUUGUAUUACAAAAAUAUUUAUGCAGCUCUUUUGCCAUAUUAACAUUAAAAUAGUGAAAAGUGUAAAUUAUUUGGCUAACUAAAUAAAUAAAUUUAACAUU